AUGACUCAGAAGGUGUUAGCUUCAUGUGACUUUAACAGAAAUGAAGAACCUUUCUGUAACUUCAGACAAGACUUGACAGACAACAGUGACUGGACACGUCAUAUGGGACCGACCCCGACGCCAGGCACUGGACCUCCUGGAGACUAUCCCGAUGGCUCUGGAUUUUAUAUAUACCACGAGGCUGACAAUGUUGUGAAUGGACAGAAGGCACGUCUACUCAGCCCAACUAUUAACAAUGGACCUGCUGAGAUCUGUGUACAGUUCUACUACUAUAUGUACGGCUCUGACAACAAAAAUGCUCUAACUGUGCUGGCCAAAGGUCCUGACACUGAGGAACAGCUAUGGCAGAAAAUCGGCAUACAAAGCCCGUCAUGGCUUGGGGCUUCUGUCACAGUGCCUAUUCUAGCUGGACAGACUGUUGAGAUUGUGUUUGAAGCAAUGCGAGGGCUUUCUUCAUCAUGUGACACUGGCCUGGAUAACAUUGUAAUAAGCGAGGGAGCCUGCCCUGGUUGUAUAGCUGGGUGUGAUUUUGAUGAAGGCGACUUCUGUGGCUGGACAAAUGUGGAAUCUGAUGAGAUCUUUGGCUGGGAGUUUUGGACUGGACCGACGGAAACACCAGGCACUGGCCCUGAUGAUGACUUCUCCAAACCAGGAUUGGGGAGAUACCUUUUAAUGGACUCAGCCUCUAGCGUCGAAGGAGCCGCAGCUCAGCUCUGGAGCCCCACUACUUCAGCUGCUUCUUCUGGUUGCCUCCAGCUUGACUUUUAUUACUACAUGUUUGGCAGUGCCUCCAACAUGGAGCUGAAGGUCCAUGCAGUCACAGCUGGUGGACCACUGGGAGCCCCUAUUUUUAGCCUAAAAGGAAAUCAAGGUCAAGGCUGGAAGCCAGCAAUGGUUCGCUACAUCGGUACGGCUGAUAUGCAGUUUGUAAUUGUUGGUGUUUUUGGUGAAACAGACAAGACAGAUAUUGCAAUUGAUAGUCUCUGCAUUACUACUUGUGAAGAUGAAAAUCCAUCAACUCCUAAACCAUCAACACCGCAACCUACUACACCUAAACCAUCAACACCGCAACCUACUACACCUAAACCAUCAACACCACAACCCACGACUACUAAACCAACUACUACAAAACCACCACCAGUGACAUGUCCUCCAGAUUCUGAGUACAUUGAAUGUGGUCCAGCCUGUAUUCCCAGCUGCAACAAGCCUUCCACAAACUGCAGCGGUUCAUGUAUCAGUGGCUGCUUCUGUAAACCAGGAUUUGUUUUCCGUGGCCGGCGCUGUGUUCCUAUUGAACAGUGUGGAUGUCUAGAUGAAGACAACAAUUACUUUGAGCCUGGUGAAAUUAUAUUUGGAAACGGCUGCUCCAAGUUGUGUCGCUGUGUUGGCAACUACACUUUUGACUGUGUGGACAACAGCUGUGAUCCUGUGACAGAAGAAUGUCGGGAGGUUGGUGGAGUGCACGGAUGCUACCCUAAAGGAACCUCGACCUGUGUUUCCUCUGGUGACCCCCAUUACACCACCUUUGAUAAAAAGCGCUAUGACUUCAUGGGGAACUGCACCUACCUGAUGUCUGAGCUUUGUAACACCACAGAUGUGCCGUACUUCGCUGUAUACACAGACAAUGAGAAUCGCUUCAACAAUCCUCGUAUCAGCUAUGUAAAAGCAGUUCAUGUUCAUGCUCUGGGAGUAAAAGUGUCUAUUCUGAAAGGAGGGAUUGUGCAGGUGAAUGGUACCAAUGUGAAUAUUCCUGUUACUCCUGUACCUGGUGUUGACAUUUUCAAGUCUGGCACACAAUACACAGUUUCUUUAAACUUUGGUGUAACUGUACGUUAUGAUGGUAACCACUAUAUGGACAUUAAAUUUAUCAAAGACUAUGAGGACAAACUUUGUGGUCUGUGUGGAGAUUACAAUGGAGACCCUAAAGAUGACUUCCGCACCCCCUCUGGUGAACUGGUCCAAAGCCCUAAAGACUUUGGUAACAGUUGGAACACAGACCCUGAGUGUGAUAAAACGGAUGUUGAUUCAUCUCCUGGUUGUACAGAUACUGAGCUGGACUUGUAUGAAGGACUCGCUUACUGUGGUAUCAUAUUGGACACCAAUGGUCCAUUUGCUGCUUGCCAUCCAAAAGUCAACCCCAAUGGUUUCUUCAAAGACUGUUUGUUUGAUGUGUGUGAGCUGGAUGGUGCUCAGUCUGUAUUGUGUGAAGCAAUAGAGGCGUAUGUCAAUGAAUGUCAGCAACGUGGUGUCACGAUUGGAUCCUGGAGAAACAGCACCUUCUGUCCUCUGAAAUGUCCAGACAAUAGUCACUUUGAUUCGUGCGUCCCAGUUUGUCAGCCGUCCUGUUUCCCAGUUCCACCAAAUCAGUGCACUGGACCUUGUUCUGAAGGAUGUUUGUGUGAUCCUGGGUAUGUCCUCAGUGCUGGACAGUGUGUGAAACAAGAUACAUGUGGCUGCAUUCGUAAUGGACAGUACUACCAUCCGGGUGAAGAGUUUUACACUAAAGACUGUGAGCUACUGUGUAAGUGUGAGCCUCCAUUUGUUACUUGUAAUGCUGCAGACUGCCCCCCAAUGCAGCAAUGUGGUGUACUGGGUGGAGUCAUCGGCUGUUACCCAGAAGAUUCUCAAGACUGUAUUAUCUCCGGUGACCCUCAUUAUAACACCUUUGAUGGGAAAUACUACAGCUUCAUGGGCACUUGCACCUACACUCUGGCACGUACCUGCAAAAACAACACUGGCCCCUGGUUCUCAGUUGAAGCUAAGAAUGAAGAGAGAGGAGUUUCUGGUGUUUCUUACCUGAGGAAACUCUAUGUGACUGUCAAUGGAGUCACUGUGACAAUGAUGAAAAGCAGGAAAACUCUGGUGAAUGGACAGAGGGUUUCACUUCCUCACUCCCCAUCUCCUCUCAUGUCUCUCUCUCUUGCUGGUCAAUAUGUUAUCCUCACUACAUCCUUCGGCCUGGAGGUGCAAUGGGACGGCAACCAUUAUGCCAAGAUCAGUGUCCCGAGUUCUUACUAUGAUCAGAUGUGUGGCCUGUGUGGUGACUAUGAUGGAAACCCCAAUAAUGACUUCACUAAGCCAGACGGCUCUCAAACCGACAGCUCAGAUCAGUUUGGCAACAGCUGGCAAACUGAUGAAGAUGAGGACGAAACGUGUAAGCCUGACACCGGGCCUGACCCACCCUGUGAUCCUGAGCUGGAGGAUCUUGUGUCAAACCCAGAGAACUGUGGCAAAAUAACUGACAUCAAUGGCCCAUUUAGGGACUGUAUAAAGGUGGUGGAUCCACAGCCUUUCUUCCAGAGCUGUGUGUUUGAUAUGUGCCGUUAUCAGGGACAGCAGCAGAUGCUUUGUGAUCAGCUUCAAGCUUACACUGAUUCUUGCCUGAGUGCAGGUGCACCUGUCCAUCAAUGGAGGGAACCAGACUUCUGCCCUUUGGUAUGCCCCCCAAACAGUCAUUACUCCAUAUGUGUGAGCUCGUGUCCAGAGACAUGUCUGGGUAUCAAUGGACCACCAGGCUGUAGUGAGAAGUGUGUAGAAGGCUGUGAAUGUAACCCUGGCUUCAUCUUAAGCGAUGACAAAUGUGUGCCUCUUAAAGACUGCGGCUGUGUUGACUCCUCAGGCUCCUACCACCCUGUGAAUGAUAGCUGGUAUCUUGAGGGCUGUACACAGAAGUGUUCAUGUAAUGGGGGAGGAGUUAUUCAGUGCCAUAACACCAGCUGUCUGCCUACUGAGAUCUGCCAACUUCAGGAUGGAGACUAUGGCUGCAAACCUCUUGGUAAUAAUGACACUAGUUUAAUCCACACUACACCACCAACACCUAAACCAUCAACACCACAACCCACGACUACUAAACCAACUACUACAAAACCACCACCAGUGACAUGUCCUCCAGAUUCUGAGUACAUUGAAUGUGGUCCAGCCUGUAUUCCCAGCUGCAACAAGCCUUCCACAAACUGCAGCGGUUCAUGUAUCAGUGGCUGCUUCUGUAAACCAGGAUUUGUUUUCCGUGGCCGGCGCUGUGUUCCUAUUGAACAGUGUGGAUGUCUAGAUGAAGACAACAAUUACUUUGAGCCUGGUGAAAUUAUAUUUGGAAACGGCUGCUCCAAGUUGUGUCGCUGUGUUGGCAACUACACUUUUGACUGUGUGGACAACAGCUGUGAUCCUGUGACAGAAGAAUGUCGGGAGGUUGGUGGAGUGCACGGAUGCUACCCUAAAGGAACCUCGACCUGUGUUUCCUCUGGUGACCCCCAUUACACCACCUUUGAUAAAAAGCGCUAUGACUUCAUGGGGAACUGCACCUACCUGAUGUCUGAGCUUUGUAACACCACAGAUGUGCCGUACUUCGCUGUAUACACAGACAAUGAGAAUCGCUUCAACAAUCCUCGUAUCAGCUAUGUAAAAGCAGUUCAUGUUCAUGCUCUGGGAGUAAAAGUGUCUAUUCUGAAAGNAGGCUGUAGUGAGAAGUGUGUAGAAGGCUGUGAAUGUAACCCUGGCUUCAUCUUAAGUGAUGACAAAUGUGUGCCUCUUAAAGACUGCGGCUGUGUCGACUCCUCAGGCUCCUACCACCCCGUGAAUGAUAGCUGGUAUCUUGAGGGCUGUACACAGAAGUGUUCAUGUAAUGGGGGAGGAGUUAUUCAGUGCCAUAACACCAGCUGUCUGCCUACUGAGAUCUGCCAACUUCAGGAUGGAGACUAUGGUUGCAAACCUCUUGAUACAGGCAUUUGUUCGGUCUCUGGUGACCCUCAUUACACUUCCUUUGAUAAGAAAGUACAUCAUUUCAUGGGAGCCUGCUCCUACACUCUCACAAAGCCUUGUAAUGAGACCUCCGGCUUGCCUUACUUUUCUGUUGAGACACAGAACGAGCACAGAGACAAUAAUAAGAAAGUGUCUUACGUAAAAUCUGUUAUCAUCCAUGUCUACGAUAUGAAGCUAAUUUUGGGCAAGGGCCGUAAAGUGCAGGUUAAUGGAGUUCAGGUCACUGUGCCUGUUAAACUUCCUAAUGGAGUUAAGAUCUUCCUCAGUGGCAAAUUUGUGGUGUUGAACACGGAGUUUGGAUUACGUGUCCGUUUUGAUGGAAAUCAUCAUGCUGAUGUUACACUUCCUUCCUCUUACAGCGGCAUGUUAUGUGGACUUUGUGGAAACUAUAAUGGUAAUCCAAAUGAUGACAACAUCAAGUCAGAUGGGAAACCAACCGACAGCACCAAGGAACUUGGAGAAAGCUGGCAGGUGCCUGAUGACAGACCUGAUUGUUCUCAUGGUGGCGGAGACAUGGAAUGUGAUGAUAAAAUCCAGAACGAAGCUCAAAAACCUACCAGCUGUGGCAUGAUCACUGACCCCGAAGGAAUCUUCAAGCCAUGUCAGGCAGUGGUGCCUCCCAACCCUUACUUUGAGAACUGUGUGUUUGAUCAGUGUGGCACCGGCGGCAGUGCGGUGGCGCUGUGCCAAGCUAUUGAAAGCUAUGCUGACCUGUGUGCUCAAGCUGGAGUGCCAAUUAACUGGAGAAAUAACACCUUCUGCCCUAUUAAGUGUCCUACUGGUAGUCACUAUGAGCCGUGCGGUUCAGCGUGCCCAGCUAGUUGUCAGGACCCUGGAUCUGAAGGCACCUGUUCUGAGCCUUGUGUUGAAGGAUGUGUGUGUGACACUGGUUUAGUACUCAGUGGAGUCAAAUGUGUGGCCUUCGGCGAGUGUGGCUGCACUGACAGAGACAACAACUACAGACCUGUUGGGGACAGCUGGUUCACCAAAGAUGACUGCACAGAGCGCUGUGUGUGUUCACCUUUCAAUACUGUGACUUGUGAGGCAUGGGAAUGUGGUCCUGCUCAGGAAUGUAAGGUCAAUGAAGGUCAACUGGGCUGCGUGAACACAGGAGUGGGCAUUUGUCACAUCGCUGGUGAUCCUCACUACUACACCUUUGAUAGCAUUAUGCACACAUACAUGGGAACCUGCACUUACACGCUUGUGGCAAUAUGCAACAGCUCCAUGGUGACGCCUUUCACCAUAGUUGCUAAGAACGAAGAACGCGGCCUGCCGGAAGCUUCGUAUGUGCGCUCUGUGACCGUCUACCUGCCCAAUGCCAACAUCACUCUCAGCAAGGGUGGCAGAGUAUUGCUUAAUGAACGUAGGAUAAAGACCCCCUAUGACAUCACUCAAGCCAAAGCACGAGCGUUUACUAGUGGAGUAAACAUCGUACUUGACACUGACUUUGGUCUGGUUGUCAAGUUUGAUGGCGUGCACCACAUUGAAAUCACAGUGCCUGGAGACUAUUUCAACAAGGUGUGUGGUAUGUGCGGUAACUACAACGGAGAUUCCUCUGACGAUUACUUGAUGCCCAAUGGCAAGCCCGCCAAAGAUGUUAUAGAGCUUGGUAACAGCUGGAAGGCGGAAGGAGAUAGCGAUCCUGGCUGCCAGCCCGAUCCACGACCUGAUCUCAAUCCCAACUGUGAUGAGGACGAGGAAGAAAUCUACAGGUCACAGUGUGCAGAGCCGAUCCUGUCCGAUCGCUUCAAGCCCUGUCACUCUCUCAUUCCUCCAGAGGCCUUCCUAGGCAACUGCAUUUAUGACAUGUGUGAAUACGAUGGCAUGCAGUCCACGCUUUGCGAUAAUGUUGAGGCUUACGCACAGGCCUGUCAGAGCGCCGGAGUCACGAUCAGCUGGAGGAACAACACCUUCUGCCCUCUCCCAUGCCCUCCGAACAGUCACUAUUCUGACUGCGCGGUGCCAUGUCCACCCACUUGUGCUGAUCUCUUUCCCAUAUUCUGCCCGUUGCCGCCCAACAGCUGUGUAGAAGGCUGUCAGUGUGAUGCAGGUUUUGUGUUAAGUGAUGGCAAGUGUGUCCCACUAGCAAGCUGUGGAUGUGUUGACAGCAAUGGAGAAUAUCAUGAUGUGGGAGAUUCAUGGCUAACAGAGCACUGCAGCCAGCAGUGCAGCUGCAACCUUGGAGGGGUGCUGUCCUGUAAGCAAUUCGAAUGUGACGAUAACUCGAUCUGUGGUCUGGACAGUGAUGGAGACCGAUACUGCAAACCUGAAAAAUUCGAUGACUGCAAUAUUGCUGGAGACCCUCACUAUCGCACCUUUGACAAAUUUAAUCACCAUUAUCAAGGACCGUAUACCUAUAUAUUAACCCAAAGCAACAAUCCACUCAGCACGCUCACACCUUUCACUGUCCGUGGCAAAAAUCAGCGGCGAGGAGGCCUGAGUCGGGUGUCCCUCCUGCGUGAGGUCUAUGUGGACGUGUAUGGCAUCACCGUUCGCAUGUUGCAAAAUAAGAAAGUGCUGAUCAACGGUGAACAGAUUUCUCCACCCUUCUCUCCUACACGGGGCGUUAGCAUAAAAACAAAGUCUCGCUUUGUUAUGCUCUCAACUGACUUUGGCCUUUCUGUGCGCUUUGAUGGCAAUACCCAAGCAGUGGUGACUCUGCCCAGUAUAUACAAAUCUCGUGUGCUUGGAUUGUGUGGAAAUUAUGAUGGACGCACCAAUAAUGACUACACAAAACCAGAUGGGACAACUGUCCGCAGCCUUAAUGAGUUUGGAGACAGCUGGAGAGUAAAUGAUAAACAAGAGACGCGUAUUCAAACCACAUCCAUACCAAAAGUGGUGCAUCUGCACAAGCGUGAAGUGGAGGCAGAUCCAGAUUCAGGUUUUGAGACGACGGGCUGCACUGAAGCUCAGCUGGUUGAACUGAAUGGGAAUAAACAAUGCGGGGCCCUCAGUGACCCCACAGGUCCUUUUGCUGCUUGCAAUGCUCUGAUUCCUUCAGACGUGUUCCAAGAGGAUUGCGUGUUUGACCUGUGCGCAGAGCAGGGCAGUGAAGUGCUCCGGUGUGAAAAUUACGCUGUCUACGCUCGAGCUUGCCAAGAUGAGGGGGUCAAACUGGCACCAUGGCGACAACAGCUUGGAUGCGCUCUUGAAUGUGGGCUGAACAGCAACUAUUCCACCUGCAUGACACCAUGCCCGGCAUCCUGUGCAGACCUGGCAGCCCCCUCAGUGUGUGAACAGACAGUUUGUGUGGAGGGAUGUCAGUGUGCGCCUGGCUUUGCUCUGAGCGAAAACGACUGUGUGCCUUUCAACCAGUGCGGAUGCACAUACCUGGGCCGCUACUAUACGCUGAGGGAGACGUUUGUGACAGAGGAUUGUUCACAGAGUUGUGAAUGUACCGCCACUGGUGCUGUGUGCCAACCAAAGGCCUGUGGAGACAUGGAGAUCUGCUCUGUGUUUGACACCAAACGUGACUGUUAUAAAGUGAGUCCAUGUUUGAGUUCACCCUGUCUAAAUGACGGAACCUGUGUUGAGACAUCAGAUGGUUCUGGGUACAUCUGCAAUUGUGCCGAGGGUUUUGAGGGCAAAGAUUGUGAGAUCUUUAAAACCCCCUCUGGUGACGGCUUAGAUAAAACAAGUAUUAUUUUGAUUGGAGUCUUUGUUCCACUUGGCAUCAUCCUCAUAAUCACAGCGACUGCUUGCAUUUGCAAGAAAUGCAGCCACAAAAAGAGGAGUUUCGAUUCAAAGAAACUUGAGCUGAAGAAAACAGAUCAUCCGUAUGAAAACUUGGAUUCUGAUCAAAAGCAGCAGACUGACAAAGGUGUGCUAAAAUCGACAUCAUUUUGAAGAUGUUUUUGACAUUGAUCUGCUGAUAUGCAAACAUUUUUGUCUAUAUUUAUUGACUUUUGAAUGUGUCUUUGAGAUUAUGUGCAGUAACAGGAAAAUCCUAAUUUUCUGUUAAUAUUGUUUAGGUUCUGUAACUUAUUUGUAAACUUUUUUGUAAUUUUUUAUGUGAAUUGUGUCAUGAUUGGGGGAAUAAACAUAAUGAUCAGAUGUAUGUGAGUAUCUAAAAAUAGAUUAUAUUUACUGUGAUUUAAAAAAAAAAACAAAUAAACAAGACAUCUGA